AUGGAGAUUAAGCAAACUCAGAAUGAAGUGUUUGUUUGUCAAAAGAAAUACAUGAAGGGGAUUCUAAAAGGAUUUAAAAUGGAAGAAUGCAAGAGUAUGAGCACGUCAAUGAAUCAAAGAGAGAAGCUAAUGAAGGAUGAUGGUGCUGAACGAGUACAAGAAGGAAGCUACAGGAGCUUGAUAGGAUGUUUGAUGUAUCUUACAGCAACAGGGCCAGAUAUAUUGUAUGUUGUAAGUGUACUAUACCGUUUUUUGAAUUCUCCAAGUGAAUUGCAUAUGAAAGCUGCAAAACGAGUGCUCAGAUAUGUCAAAGGCACCAUAGAUUAUGGAUUCAAAUUUAGCAAAUGUCAAAAUUUCAAACUUCAAGGAUUUUUUGACAGUGAUUGGGGUGGUUCUGCUGAUGAUAUGAAAAGUACUUCAAGGAAAAUCUUUUGUGAUCUUGGUUUGGAGAUGAAGGAAAGCACUAACAUAUUUGUGGACAACCAGGCUGCCAUUGCUAUUUCUCACAAUCCAGUCUUUCAUAGAAAGACCAAGCACUUCAAUGUGAAGCUAUAUUUUCUUAGACAAGUGCAAAAGGAUGGUUUAGUGAAUCUGGUAUCUGCAGAACGGAAGAGCAGUUGGCUGAUAUUUUUACAAAAGCUUUUCCUGCAAGCAAAUUUGAGUUCUUGA